AUGGAUGUUUAUUCACCGUCCCAUCCCACUGAUCAGGAUGGAGAAUGUGAGGCUCCUUCCUUAGGUUAUAGCAAUAUUACAGGAAACGAGCCCUACGAAAAUGAAAAUACCCAGGAUUCAUAUAAAGUUGCAUCAGAUUCUGAGGUUUUUACUGGUGAUAAGGAUUAUUGUCAAAUUAAGUCCCCCGAUUUGUCCCCCACUCUAACAUCGUCUUCAGGAAAUCCCGAAGUUCCUUUAAGCGUGCAAGAGAAGCCUCAUUGUGAAACUCUUUAUAAGCCUUCAAGUACAGUGCAGUUGGACGAAAAUAAAGACGAAAAUGGAAGCAUUAAUCAAAGGAAAAGGGAAUCAAAUGAGGUCAAAAAGGUCACUGCAAUUGAAAACAUAGUGAAGAAGGACAGUGACUGUAAUAAAAUAUCACGUACCAGGGAUAGGAUAUCUGAGAAGGAACGUUCGCAAAAAGAUUCCUCUCUAUCCCGUAAGAGUUUCUCUAGUCACCAUUCUGCAUCCAGAUCUUCUCGCCAUCGAAGUCGUAGCCCAAAUCGUAGACGAAGAAGCCGGAGUCCAGUUAAAAGUUCAAGGAGGCGUUCAUCGUCACGUUCUUGCCAUCAUCGAGGCUCUCGUAACAGACGCCAUUCUAGGUCAAAAUCAAGAGGUGGUCGGCGUAAACAUUCUCGUUCCCGCUCACGCACUAGAUGUGAUCGUCGUGGACGAGAUUUACACCACAAAGAUCGCGAGUCUCGUAGUCUUAGUCGACCACGGAACAGUAAUCCUUGUGCAGGCAGCGGUGCUGAACAAACCCGAAAUGAGCAUCAAGGAUCUUUUAUUUCUACGAUGACUGAACUUAUUGUGCCUCCAUCUCAAACUUCCAACGCCCCUCUUCAGGAGCCGGAUUCCAAAAAUAAUCCCACUGAAUGUCAGUAUGAUAUGGACGAGACUAGUACUCCAGAUAUCUCUGAGGAUCAAAAUCCUGGUAUUGGGUCAGUGAAUGAAAAUGCUGUUUUUGUAUUUCAACAAGGUCAGCCCCCACCUGUUGGUACAAAUUUCAUGAAUUGGUCAAACCAAGUUGAUAGUCUUCCUCAGUUUAAUCAAAGCAAUCUUCAGGCGAUACCUACUAUUCAUAGUGCCUUUCAACAGCAGCACCGGGCUGCUUCGCCACGAUUCAACAAUAAUUACCAACAGCAAUUCCACAAUAUUGUUCCUCCACAUGAUUUUGCACCACAGCCUUGUUCCAAUCUCCUUCCUCAGCGUCCCUCAACCGCCUUUAAUUCAUCUACCACGGCCAUCCCUCGGUUUCCGUCUGCUCAGAUAAUGGGUUUCAAUGGAAUGUUAAAUCCACUUUUGAAUCCCUUUACACUUUUGACUACUCAACCUCCGCCACCUCCUCCUCCCCCUCCUUUUAACCCUGCUUCUCAUCAGUUCAUUCAACAACUUGGGAGUGGAAAUCCCAUAGUGGCUCCUUUCCAACCACCUCCUUUGGAGAUGUCUCGUCGUAAUUCCCCUCCUCCUCCACCACCCCCCGCAUCUCAGCACAAUCUCCUCGAAACCUUGAUGACAAAGGCUGGACUUUCUGCAGAUGGGCUUCAUUCUAGUAAUCCCACCUUCUCCAUGUCUGCCAUCCCCUUGCCUGAAUCUUCUGCACCUCCCCCUAUUCUUGAGAACAAAUCGCCCAUGAAGAAAAUAAGCAAGUUGUUGAGUGGUGCAGCUAACAAUCUGUCGAAUACUUCUCAUGGUAUAAGUGCCGUUAAAUCUUCCCCUCCUCCCCCACCGCCACCGCCAUUACCGAUUUUGUCUUCUGGUUUCCCGCCUCUUCCAGCGAUUUCUGAGAUCCCUAACGGAAAUGGCAAUGGUCCUUCUGUGAGCAAUGAAAGUAAGCGUCACCAUCACAAACACCGUUCGGAGCUCAUUCAACAAAUGUUGUCCAAAAAGAAACGAUCUGAUUUUGGUAGCUCUCGUGAAUGGCAAGAACGCAUUGCGUUGGAAGUGAGGGGCUUUAUCAAACCAUACUAUGUCUCCGGUAAAGUUUCUAAGGAGGAUUGUCGAACUGUACUUAAAAGAUCUGUAAAUAAAGUAAGUUAUGUUCGUUUCUUGACUAUAUUAGGUUGUGGUGUUUUUACUAGUCUUUUUUUUCAAAAGAUAUUCAGGAGUAAAUGUACGUCGAUUGAGACACGGAAAAUUGGAGAGUUUGUGAAGUUGUAUUUGAAGAAAUACCAGAGGUAUCGAAAGUGGCAGGCUCGCCAGCGGGAAAAGAUGCACGCUGUCAAUAAAGAACCGACUGUACAGUGA